GAAGAUGUGAAUGUGGCCAAUGCACUUGUUUCCCUCCAGGAGACAGCAGAGUUUAUGGCAAAAACUGUGAAUGUGAUGAUCGACAGUGUGAAAAUGUGGAUGGUGAUGUCUGUGGGGGCCACGGUAUCUGCUCAUGCGGCCGAUGCGUUUGCCAGGACGGGUGGUUUGGAAAGUGGUGCCAGCAUUCAAGGAAGUGCAACAUGACAGAGGAGGAGAGCAGAAGUCUCUGCGAGUCAGUGGAUGGCAUAUUAUGCUCGGGGAAGGGUUCCUGCCACUGUGGAAAGUGCAUAUGUUCACCACAGGAAUGGUACAUUUCGGGCGAUUUAUGUGAAUGCGAUGACAGAGACUGUGACAAACAUGAUGGGCUCAUUUGCACAGGCAAUGGUGUUUGUAGCUGUGGAAACUGUGAGUGCUGGGAAGGAUGGAAUGGAAAUGCUUGUGAAAUCUGGCUGGGGAGAGAAUAUCCUUAA